GUUUGCUGAGAGCGCGUGGUUUGAGUCGGAGCUCUUUCAAACUUAUUCUUAAUACAUCGUUUAUUCUUGUUAUAUCUUAAGACUUGUGUUUUAAAUUGUUAUUCUCCGAGGGUAAAACAUAUCCUUAAAUAUAUCCCAUACCAAAAAUCGUACUUAAACGCACAGAUAAUUUAUUUUUAUCGGAUCACUCGCUAUUAGCCUCAGGCUGUUAGCAUUCCCAGCCUGCCUGCUUACUGCUUAACACACUGUUCUCGUUAUUACAUCACUAAUGGCUAAUGUUUCAGGUGUGUUUGUACCUCUGUGUGCAGAUGAGGAAACGAUCGCACUUCAGUCGGAACUGGAGGCUGUGGAGAAGCAGAUCCAGGAUCUACUAGAGAAGCAGACACGGCUGCGAGAACGAAAAACGGCGCUGGAAACAUCCAGAGCCGACGCUCGCAAAUCCGCGGUAAGUUUUCAUCGCGAUUUUAAUACUCCUUCCACUUCUACUCCGCGUGUUUCUCUGCACAGAGCCCAGGCUUCGAGAACACGGUCAGCCCAAAUGAACUUCACUCCUGCACCGGCACACCCACGGCGAAAGGCGCGAGCCAGGACUGGAGCGAUGACCCAACCGCCGCCACCGGUCUUCGAGAUCCCGACCAGGAACCGCUUUGCCGCCCUCUGCGAGACGGAAUGCAACGCUGUGGUCAUCGGAGACUCAAUCGUCCGGAACGUACGCGCUUCCUCCACUAAAGGUAAGGUGCGCACUCAUUGUUUUCCUGGCGCCCGUGUUCUUGAUGUCUCUGCGCAGGUACCUGCGAUCCUGAAGGACGAUGCUAACGUCGGAGCUGUCGUGCUGCACGCGGGGGUGAAUGACGUCAGGAUGAGGCAGUCGGAGAUCCUGAAGAGGGACUUCAGGAGUCUGAUCGAGACGGUACGCAACGCAUCGCCCACGGCGAGGAUCAUCGUAUCAGGGCCGCUUCCUACCUACCGACGAGGGAAUGAAAAGUUCAGUAGACUAUUUGCUCUAAAUAAAUGGUUGAUGUCAUGGUGUAUUGAACAGAAGCUGCUCUUUGUUGAUAAUUUUGAUCUGUUCUGGGAGCGACCUAGGCUCUUCCGCCCUGACGGCCUGCACCCCAGCAGCAUCGGAGCGGUUCUUCUGUCUGACAACAUCUCAAAGACGCUACGCACCGCUUGACUACGUCUCCCAGCGGGAGAGAUUCCGCCAGGCCCAGAUGAACGUCAUAUGCCCAUCCACAACUAGAGAUUACGCCAGCUACAUCGGAAAAUCCCGUGCCAUCCUCCUGCGAGAGCCUGCGGACUGACUGACCAUCCCAGCUCCAUCCAAGGCAAUUCCAUCACCACCCAAGAAAAAGGCGACCAUCUGGCCGGCCCAGCUCAGACAAUUCCAUCCCCAACCGAGAGCAAAGACGGACUACCUGUCACAUAAAUGCUAAAUUUACAAUACUUGGUAUUUAAUGCUAAACUUACAUCACACGACAGCAGUUUGAAGUUAUGGCUGCACUCAGUGACUUUGAUUGGAGGUAGCUGGGUGGGUGUUGUAGGGAGUGGGGGGGCUUGUUGGUUGUGGUUCGGGGCGUUUCAUUUGUUGGGACUGUGUGGGUCUGGUCUGGUUGGUCUUGUUUUGUGGUCGAUGUCGGACAACAGAGGAAUAAAGUUAAUUAUGCCAUUACUACUUUUCCCUGGUUGUUCCUCUGUUGUCUGUUGUUGAUCGCGGAAUGAGACCGGGUUGGACCUGCACGGUUUCGGCGGGUGGGGCUUCCUGGGUCGCGGCUCGUGGGCUCUCCCUGUUCUUCGUGGACGUUGCUCGGUGGCUUUGGUCGGGGUCACUGAGUGCAGCCAUGACACGUCAGAGGAGAUCUGGCCCUCCCGGCUGAGCCUGGUUUCUCCCGAGGUUUUUUUUUCUCCAUUAUUCAGCAUUGGAGUUUGGGUUCCUCGCCACAGCAGAGCAGUGCAGUGUUGGCUUGCUCACCGGGAGACUGCAUUUAUUUAUUUAUUUAUUCAUUUAUUUAUUAGAUAUUAUUUAUUAUAAUGAUCUUGCUUGGUCUAUAAACACCAUGCACUGUGCUGUGUUUUACCUUUCUGUGUUUUUCUUAUUUGCUCCUGUAAAGCUGCUUUGGAACAAUGCACAUUGUGAAAAGCGCUAUAUAAAUAAAAUUGAAUUGAAUUGAAUUGAAU